GACUUUUCUAAAAGCUCUUCUCUCUCUAUUAUAUUUCUCUCUCUAAAGAGAGCCCCAACUAUAGAAUAUUGCUAAUUUGGGCGUCGAAGUAUCUACCCCAAGGGACAACCCUCGAGUGUGUUUUGCAGAUCCCUAUACUGGUCAACUUGUGUCAACUAAAUCUUUUGAAGCCGCCCAAACAGAGAUGAUGGCGGCGAAGCAAUCGGCGGGAAGAGCACGAAAAUCCAGCGUCUCUGGAUGGAAUCGUUGACCCCUCGGACUAGUGCUCAUUGUGACCGAAAAUGUAGAAUGCCAACGGGUGGAUACUGGAGUUUAAUAAGAAAGGGUAUUUGAGAAACUGAAAACUGUUUUCCAUAGCAGAUGGUACUAAUUUGAUUGUCCUAAGAGUAGAAUUUGUUAUUGAUGGGACGAACCAAAAGAAGUAACCCUAUGGACCCUCAUGCACAGAGGGCAAAAGUGAAAGAUGAGGAAGCACCAGCUCUUGAAGAUGCUGAAGUUCUUGAUGAGGUGGAAGAAAAUAAGAAACGCCACUUGAAUGUUGUGUUCAUUGGUCAUGUUGAUGCUGGGAAGUCAACAAUUGGAGGACAGAUACUCUUCCUUAGUGGUCAGAUGCUUUUACUACGUUACUUAUAAACUAUUUGCCUAAGAGAAUGAUAAUGCAACACAAAUCAAUUUGAAAAAUGGUUUCUUGUCCUAUGUUACUUUACAUUCUUGUUCUUUAUAUACCAUGUAACCAUUCAAGGCAACAUAUUGUUUUUAUUCUGUUUCUCGCUAUUAAAAGGUUGUUUGUUUUGAUAUGCUUGUUUUGCAUGCCAAGAGAAUCAUAUAUGCAAUGAGGAACUUGAUUUUAGAAGUUACGGUAGGAUUAUACUGGUUUAUUCUGGUAUUGCUAAUAUAUGUUUUGUUAUGUGAACUUAAAAGUAUAAAUUUGAUCCCUGAUGCUAUCUAUGUUGAAAAUAAUUGCUAGCAUGGAACAAAAUAAUUUUGGGUAAAAUCUUUUGUAAAGAAUAAUUUAGUGUGAUAUUGAAUCAGCGAUGACUAGACCCAAACCAUUGAUCAAAUCUUAAGACAUUUUUGAUAUGGUAAGGAUCAGAUUGUUGGCUGUUGCUAAGAGUUAAGAAGCUAUAAAAAUGGUUCUAUUUCCAGCCUUAAACUGUAGCAUUUCUUUUACAAGUUGUUGAGGAGAGUGGAGGGUUUUUUGUUUCCUUUUAAAAUUUUUAAUUACAUUUUGCUUUGGAUGGUUAGACAGAGGUUGUGGAUGGGAAUAAAAGUAUGUUUUAAGU